UCCUAGAUCAGUACACAGAGACAGCUGCCAGAGGAAGGGCUGGUCCUGCACGAAUGUACGCUUCACCCCUUGAAAAAGAGCAAGCACCUGCUAUGAUAGCUCUGUCGGUGGUCCUUGUCUCUCUGCUGGCCUUGAGCAUGGGUGAGAGAGACUUGGACGCCGAGAUCUCCGCUGCAGGGGACACCUCGGAAUGGGGACAGGAUCCCGCCUCUUCCUUGCAUGGAUCCUGCCGGCCAGCUCCCUCCUGCCAGAAAUGCAUUCUCUCUCACCCCAGCUGCGCGUGGUGCAAAUAUCUGAACUUUACGGCCUCGGGGGAAGCGGAGACGCGGCGCUGCGCACCGCGCGAGGAGCUGCUGGCGCGGGGCUGCCCGCCGCACGAGCUAGAGGAGCCGCGCGGCCGGCAGGAGGUGCUGCAGGACUGGCCGCUCAGCCACGGCAUGCACGGCGAGGGGGCCACCCAGCUGGCGCCCCAACACGUGCGGCUCACGCUGCGGCCGGGGGAGCCCCAGAAGUUCCAGGUUCGCUUCCAGCGUGUCGAUGGCUACCCAGUGGACUUGUACUACCUGAUGGACUUAAGCUACUCCAUGAAGGAUGACCUGGAGCGCGUGCGCCAGCUUGGCCACUCCCUGUUGGUUCAGCUGCAACGAGUCACCCAGUCGGUGCGCAUUGGUUUUGGCUCGUUCGUGGACAAGACGGUGCUGCCCUUCGUGAGCACGGUGCCUGCCAAGCUGCGCCACCCCUGCCCCAGCCGCCUGGAGCGCUGCCAGCCGCCCUUCAGCUUUCAUCACGUGCUGCCCCUUACCGGCGACGCCGAGGCCUUCGAGCGCGAGGUCGGACGCCAGAGCGUGUCCGGCAACCUGGACUCACCCGAAGGCGGCUUCGAUGCCAUUCUGCAGGCUGCGCUCUGCCAGGAGCAGAUAGGCUGGAGGAACGUGUCCCGGCUGCUCGUGUUCACUUCCGACGACACGUUCCACACCGCGGGGGACGGCAAGCUGGGCGGCAUCUUCAUGCCCAGCGAUGGUCACUGCCACUUGGACAGCAACGGCCUGUACAGUCGCAGUCCCGAGUUUGACUAUCCCUCCGUGGGGCAGGUAGCCCAGGCCCUCUCUGCAGCCAACAUCCAGCCCAUCUUUGCCGUCACCAGUGCCACACUGCCAGUCUACCAGGAGCUAAGCAAGCUGAUCCCCAAGUCAGCAGUGGGAGUGCUGAGUGAGGAUUCCAGCAACGUGGUGCAGCUCAUCAUGGAUGCCUACAAUAGCCUGUCGUCCACCGUGACCCUGGAACACUCGUCCCUCCCUCCUGGGAUCCACAUCUCUUAUGAAUCCCAUUGUGGGGAUCCUAAGACAGACGGUGAGGCUGGCCCCCGGGGACAGUGCAGCCAUGUGCGAGUCAACCAGAUGGUCAAUUUCUGGGUCACCCUGCAAGCCUCCCGUUGCCUCUCGGAGCCUCACUUCCUGAGGCUCCGGGCCCUUGGCUUCUCAGAGGAGCUGACUGUGGAACUGCACACACUGUGUGACUGCAACUGCAGCGACACCCAGCCCAGGGCUCCGCACUGCAGUGAGGGCCAGGGGGACCUGCAAUGCGGAGUGUGCCGGUGCGCCCCUGGCCGCCUGGGUCGGCUCUGUGAGUGCUCUGAGGCUGAGCUCUCCUCUUUGGACCUGGAAUCUGGGUGCCGGGCCCCCAACGGGACAGGACCCCUGUGCAGCGGGAAGGGGCGAUGCCAGUGUGGACGCUGCACCUGCAGUGGCCAGAGCUCUGGGCGUCUUUGCGAGUGUGAUGAUGCUAGCUGCGAGCGGCAUGAGGGCGUCCUCUGUGGAGGCUUUGGCCGCUGCCAGUGCGGAGUGUGUCACUGUCAUGCCAACCGCACGGGCAGAGCAUGCGAGUGCAGCGGGGACACAGAUAACUGUGUCGGCCCUGAGGGCCAACUGUGCAGUGGCCAUGGAAGCUGCAAAUGCAACCGCUGCCAGUGCUUGGAUGGCUACUAUGGCACCCUGUGUGACCAGUGUCCAGGCUGCAAGACCCCGUGUGAGAGACACAGGGACUGUGCCGAGUGCAGCGUCUUUGGGACCGGCCCCCUGGCCUCCAACUGCAGCACAGCUUGUGCUCAUGUCAACGUGACGCUAGCUGAGACACCCAACUUGGAUGAUGGCUGGUGCAAAGAGAGGACCCUUGACAACCAGCUGUUCUUCUUCUUGGUGGAGAAUGAGGCUGGGGGUAGUGUCACGCUGCGAGUGAGACCCCAACAGAAGAGCACAGAUCACACGCAGGCCAUUGUGUUUGGCUGCGUGGGGGGCAUCGUGGUGGUUGGACUGGUGUUGGUGUUGGCCUAUCGGGUCUUGGUGGAAAUCUAUGACCGCCGUGAGUUUAGUCGCUUUGAGAAAGAGCGACAGCAACUCAACUGGAACAAGGACAACAACCCUCUCUACCAAAGCGCCAUUACCACCACCGUGAACCCGUUCUACCAGGAGGCUGAGAAGACCCCUUUGCGCAGGUAGCCAGGGCCAGACUGACAGCAGCCUGCCUACUUCUCGGAGUGGCUUCCGACAUGACUGUUGCUUCUGGUGCCUUACAAUCUGCAAUAAAGAGCCUUACCUCACCCCA